AUGCGUAUACGAGUGGUUGCCACCACGGUGGUUAGCCUGCUGGUCACCCAGUCAAUUGCUCGCAGGAACAUCAUAGACAACUGUCCAUACUCCUGCGGUGCCAAUGACACGACGUUAUGGGUCUCUUAUCACUCGACUAGUCGUCUGACUGCGUGCAACCAGACCAUGCUGCUCGACUUUACCAUUCAUAACGCUCUCAAUGAUACUCAGACUCAGUCCACCAUCUAUGCCUGCACUACAGAUGGCACCGAUGCAAACGUCUCCUCAAAGAGAUCCACGGCCUCGACAAAUACCACGGAUGUCUCCCUUGAAGUGGGAACGUGGGGAUCUUCUACUUCCACAGCUGACACUGAACUUCUCUCUGUCAUUGAAGACGUUGCAGCCUAUAUGGGAAGCUCUGCCAAUGACGGAAAAUCCAGCACCAUCUUUGGGUAUAAUGGCAAUGUCUCUGUGGGUCUGUAUGUUGGUGGCAGGCUUGAAAGAUCGAGUACUGCCAGCACAGUUGCCGAUGAGAUUCGCAGCUUUAUCAACCAGAAAGGGGCCUCUGACCAGAUGGCCAUCCAGUAUUGUGGCGAAACUUCCAAUUAUAUUGUUGGUCUGGUAAUCAGCACUGAUGAUGAUUUGCCCGCUGUCCAACAGCUCGUCAAGACAUGGAGUCUUAGCGGGUGUGUGACUGGCUUCGACUCUUCUGAAAGCAUCUCGUCCUCCCUGGAAGUUGAAACGGGUACAGACAGCUCUAUAUCCUCUCAAAGACGCUCACUCCAUACACCUUCCCGUCAUGAAAGCUCCCUACAUGGACACUCCUUACACCGCCGAAGUGACUGUUCUACUGUCCAAGUCGUCUCAGGGGAUUCCUGUACCACACUCGUCAGCGAAUGCGGGAUCACCGCAACCGAAUUCUACGAGUACAAUACCGCCAGCGAUCUGUGCUCUACGCUGGCUGUUGGACAAUACGUGUGCUGCUCCUCUGGGGAUCUCCCGGACAAUUCUCCCCAGCCAUAUAGUAAUGGGACUUGUUAUACUUACCUUGUGGAAUCGGGAGACACUUGCUCUGCUAUUGCAGCCGCAUAUGAUAUCACGGUCGAUGAGAUCGACUCUUACAACAACAACACCUGGGGAUGGCUUGGAUGUGACGAUCUUCAGGCUGGCGAAAACAUCUGUCUUAGCACCGGUGAUCCUCCAUUCCCAUCAGCCAUUGAGAAUGCUGUCUGUGGCCCACAGGUACCUGGUACUACUGCCAAUGGAACCGAGUAUGGCCUCUGGGCAACCAUGAACCCUUGUCCUCUUAAUGCAUGCUGUGACGUUUGGGGCGAGUGUGGUAUCACACCUGAGUUCUGCACACAGACUGAGUCAACCACUGGCAAUCCAGGAACAGCCGAAGCAGGCACUAAUGGAUGCAUCUCAAACUGUGGAACGGCAAUCACCAACGACUCUGACGGCCCCGAAGAAUUUCUCGCUUUGGGUUACUUUGAAGCCUUCAAUAAGGAUCGCUCGUGUCUUACCAUGGACGUCUACAGUAUUGACACUUCAAAUUACACCCACAUUGUUUAUGCAUUUGGUCUGAUUGGUUCGGACUAUUCAAUCAGCAUCAACGAUUCACAAUCGGACAUGUUUAACGAUUUCUUAGCCCUUGACGAUGUUAAGAGGAUUGUCUCGUUUGGCGGCUGGGACUUUUCCACUAGCACAGACACUUACAUGAUUUUCCGUGAUGGAGUUACUUCGGCAAAUCGCGAUACGCUGGCCCAGAAUCUUGCUGAUUUCAUCUCAACAAACGGCAUCGACGGCGUCGACUUUGACUGGGAGUAUCCUGGAGAGCCUGACAUUGAAGGUAUCCCUGCCGGUAGUGACGACGAUGGUACCAAUUACGUGGCGUUUCUGAAAGCUCUGCGCUCACUCAUUGGCGACGAUAUCACCAUCUCAAUUGCCAUGCCAGCCUCUUUCUGGUACCUUCAGGCUUUCCCAGUCUCUGAUCUCAAUGAAGUUGUGGACUUUUUCAUUUAUAUGACCUACGAUCUACACGGCCAAUGGGAUUAUGGCAAUGAUUCUUCAGAUGAUGGUUGUGUGGAUGGAAACUGUCUACGAUCUCAUGUCAACCUUACCGAAACGAAUUAUGCGCUGUCAAUGGUCACAAAAGGAGGUGCUCAAACCAACAAACUGAUGGUCGGUGUGACGAGCUACGGUAGAUCGUUUGAGAUGACCACCGCCAACUGCACUGGUCCCGACUGUACCUACACUGGGCCAGACUCGGGUGCUACUCCCGGAAGAUGCACUCAAACUGCUGGGUAUAUUUCCAAUGCGGAGAUUGAUGAGAUCAUUUCGACCAGUUCCAAUGUCCAAGUACUCUUCGAUGAUGACAGUGACUCGGAUAUCAUUGUUUACAACGACACACAGUGGGUCGGUUACAUGACAACCACCACGAAGCGCACCCGUACCUCCUACUACAAGGGGCUCAAUAUGGGUGGUACAACCGAGUGGGCUAUUGACCUCGAGCAAUUUAUGGACGAUCCCGAUGGCCUCGUGAUUACAAAUUUGAGUACUGAUCUCACGGAUGAUGCGCAAUGCGAUUUCCCGGACCAAUCUGAAGAAGCUUCUGAAGAGGCGAGCUCGGAGAGAAAUGUGGCGGCUUAUAUCGAUGCUUUGCUCACCUCGGUCAUAAAAGAGCACGGAAAAGCUGGCGGAUAUUGGGACAAAGAACUUUUUGGCGACCAAACUACGGAAUGUUCCUCUUUGAGUGAAGACGUCAAUUGUGACAUUCCUUCAUCAAGCGAGUGCUCAGAACUCAAUGAACCGUCACAUUACUGGGCCCGAUUUGUUGUUGCCAACUUCCGACUCUAUAUGAACGAGUACUACGAUCUAUUUUCGACGGCGACACUCAAUGCCACGAACAAAGUCGAGCAGCUUGUCGCUGACUUCCCCACGAAAAGCCCCGACGUUGUAGAUAUUGCGUCACUCUUGUCCAACUUCGGUGGGGCUCUCAGCCUUAUUUCUGGACUCACUGGCGAUGGGUUGGCAACUACUCUCAUAGCAACUGCGAGUGGUAUUUUUUCGGAGGCCAGCACGAACGUGGACUCUGAUGACGAUGACGAUAGCACUGUCGAGCUUGAUCUCUACAACAAAAUCUCGGAUAUUUACACUGCAUUUUAUGAUGGAUCGACUAAAGCCCUCGAGGACAUGUUCGACAAUGCGGACAUCUCGAGCUGGCCCUCGUCGCUCAUCAGUGGUACAUACACCCACGACAUUGCAAACUUCUUUGACGGGCCUUUCAUGUACGAGCUGAGUGGGACAGACCAGUCAAAUAUCGAAGAUAACCUGAAUCAACAAUUGUUCGCUACCCUUGCCGGCACGGCCCUUGCUUCAGCCAACUACUAUAUCUUGAAGGGAGCCCACACAGUCAGCAAAUGUCCGGAUGUCACCAGUGGCACUAUCAUUGACGGAUAUUGCUAUACUCUCGAAUACCCAGGCUCAGGAUUUUCCCUGACAGCUACCAGUGACUUUUCAGACCCGAUAGCGAGCGACGACUUGACAAAGUUAACAGAUACGUACUAUGUCGAGUUGGAGGAACUAUACACCAACUCGUACAAGUGUCAGAACAGUACAGGUGACUACGGAGGUCAAAUGGACAGCGAUCUAGUCUUGACGGCGAGCACCACUCUUCCCACCUGUUUCUACAAUCUCCCUGUCUUUACAGUGGAAUCUGGGGGAGACGUGACUUCGUCGCCAUGCCUGGUCUUAGCGUACAACGAGAGUGACAGUACAGCAGUGCUCGGCGUCUCAUACAUGCCCUCGAACCUGGCUGAUAUUUUCGACGACGACUUUUGUUGGUGUAACGCUGGCAACAGACAAUGUAGUUUGUGA